UUAUAAGAGAACGGGUGUUACAGAGUUAGGAGGGGGGUGUUCUUGAGUCAGAGCCGGCCGAAUCUAACGACAAGCGAAAAAAAGUUGAUUUAUAAAUCUCGAGAAGAAAUGCCUUCUUUAAAGAGGAUUCCAUUCCUUCUAGCUAUCAUUCUUACGCUGACCCAAGUGACUGCGGGCUUUCCCCAGCCGAUUGACGUGUUAGAUCCAAGUGAGGAGGAACAUGUGUUUCCGCCUUUGGAAUCAACUAAUGGCACUUUAAACUCCCGCUCUCAUGUUGCAAAACGAUUCCUAGACGACACUCGCGCCUGCCAAGAGAUCUACUCACGACUGGACCCCCAGAAAUACUUCAACAGUAAAGAUACCUUCAUUCCCAGGUUUGCCUACAGCGUCAAAUGUGAAGGCACUCCAAGCGACCCUCCGGCCUGCGGUGUGACGGGUGGGAGGAUGCGCUGUUUGACAAGAACAGGACGCGUGGAAUUCAUGCGUAUACCGAGCGGGAUUGGACAAUGCUUCAGGCGCAGGCGCGUGGUGAUUUCCGACGUGCCUGUAGGAUGCUACUGUGUGUAAGCUACCUAAAGCGUCCAGGAGCACUCCCCUUACUUAAUUUCCCUUAAAAUGUCACUAUUUAAUGAAAUGUUCAAUGUAAAGUUCCUGAGACCAAAAGCGGCUCCUGUUAUCUAAGGUAUACAGAGUAGCGAAGUUAAGCAAGUGUCACACAUUUUGCCAACUCAAUUUAGAUUAAAUUAAAAGCGUCUAUCACAUCAUUUAGUUUCAUUUUCUUGUAAACUACCGUUUUAGUGGACACGCAUCACACUAAAGUCUAUAGUCGCCAAGUUUGAAAUCCUUCCGGCGUUAUUUACAGACGCUUUUAAUGAAGCUUCCGUCGCAUGAAAGUAGAAUAAAGUCCCUGGUUUCUUGAAUGAAGCCAUUUUGUAAAGACACGUAGAGGCUGCACAUUCCAUUGCCGUACAGCGAAAUCUUAAUCCGUGUGAGUUUGACGGAGAACACGGCGUUGUCAGCCUCGGAAUCCACCUCUCAUGCAGCUAAUGGUCUUUUACAACUUCACGCAUGCGCUUGGCCUUCCUGGUGGAAGGGUGCCAAACUUCAAAACUGAAUCGGGAUAAAUAUCCUAAAAUUUAACCUUUCAAAAUGCUAAAAACUGUAAGUACCUCGGGAAAGAUUAAACCAAAUCGUAGCAUUCAAGACGUCUAAGUAAAACGGAAGUAAUGCUCCGUAGCUUUCAUUCGAUUGGUCACAAAUUAGGAUUUUGUGUGCAGAUUCAAUCUCGCUCUCAGGGUCUCAUCUUCCAGCCCUCCCAGAGCGGAAGGGAGACCCUGGGAACAAGGUUGGUGUAGACUCAAAUGUUUUUUACUCUGGAUUUCGAUAGCACAGCUUACACGAGGUUUCAAACAGAUGGGAAAACACAAAACUUUGUGCUCCUCUAACUCGUUGAUAGCCUGACAGAGAACCUAAUUUGUUCAUUUAAACUUCGACCGUCCAAACCCAAGAAAGUUACUCGGUUACGGAUGUUUCAACCUUAUGUUUAAUGAUCCUUUACAUUAUUUUAUGAAUCAAGUACUAACUAUACGUUACAUGAAAAAAGAAUCAACUACUCCUUUUUAGUAGCAUUUCAUAUGCAGGCGAAUUAAUAAUCAGGUGACAUUUCGAGUUUCACUCUUAUAGUUAAUACGAAAGUAACCUUCGGUUACCGUUCUAAGGCCAAAUAGAACAAGAACGAGAGUCGAUAAAAAUAACGGACCCACGAGAGGUACACUUCUACAAACUUAUAUUUCAGCGCCUGGUUAAACGAGCUGCGACUGCGCGAGAGCCGUAAUGAAGUCCUUGUCAAACCGGAGCGCGCGUUAGUUAGCGGUCAAACUGGAGCGAGAGUUCGUUCUUUCACCAAUUCUUGUUUUCGUUCUAUUUUUGCCCCUCUAAACCUACAAAACUUACAUACAUUCUAAGAACUCGUUUUACAAGCACUCAUUUUAUACGUUACUUUAAGUUAAAAAUAGUGUAUGUUUCACAUACUCUUAUAAAACUAGACUAUCAUUUUAAACUGUUAAACUUCUAGUUUAUAUUAUAACCUACAAUACAUAGCUAUGGUGAAAAAUAUUUUAAACUUCAAACAGGCCUUAUUGUACUUUAAAACUAAGCUAUAAUAGACAUUAAUAACCUAAGACACUCUCGCUACCGCAAUGAAUUCCUGUACUUCAACACCGAAAAACAAGUAACGCACACCAA